GCGAUGAGUCAGUCCUGAGGUGGAUAUUGUAAUAUCUUGAGAUUGUCAAGUGUCUCUCUUCACUUUGUGUUUACAUGCUGUAACUUACAGUAAAUAUAUGUAUUUUUCUUUCAUUUGAAAACACUGAUGAGGAUAAAAUGAAUUUUCUAAAUUACUGCUGUCAGCAGCAGAAGAGAAAGGAGAGGCGACGAUACCUUCAGCAGGUUGAUGAACCGAUGAUACCUGCGUCAGAAUCUCCAAAAGUGACACCAGUUUUGGAUCAUUCGGUUAUUAGAUCAUCGUCGACGUCAGAUAGCAUAAAUAGUGCGUACAUAACCAUGAUAUCAGGUCAGUGUGGAACUCCUCAUCAAGACAUGAUGUUUGCAGUUCUACACAACGACAAAAUCGGUCUCCAGAGGCUGAUUGAAAAGGAGGAAGCAAUCAACUCGUGGACCGAAAUUUUCCAAUUUGUUAAUCAUAGUCAAAGAACAAUUACUCCUAUGGAAUUAGCCUGUAUGCUUGGUUAUAUAGAUUUAGUACAGCUUUUCCUGGACAAUGGUUGUAGUCCAAAUCUCCCUACCACAGCAGGGAGACUUAUCCAUACAAUUAUGGAUACAUUGAAGUCUGGUAAAAUGGACUUGAAAGAAGGACAAUCAUUGGUGAAGAGAUUAUGUACUGAAGGUUGUAAUGUGAAUAUUAUUGGUCAAAAUCACAAGACGCCAAUUCUUUUGGCCGCAGAACUUGGCAAUGUGGAGAUAAUGAAGACACUUUUGUCAGUUGUUGACCCAGCAGUAUUACACCAUGGAGAUGUUCCUAACGGAUUCACCCCUCUACACAUGUCUGCCAUGAGAGGGGACUUGGACUGUGUUCUCGUAAUGCUUAAGUACUGUACCCCUCGUACUGUGAACAGCACUGACUGUAAAGGUUACACACCCGUGAAGCUGGCACUGGUCUCUAUGUAUAAGAAUGUCACAUAUAUGAAUAACCUCAUCAAAGUCUCAAAGAAUGGAACCAAUGAAUCUUCACAGCUACAACAGUUGAGACAGUUACAAUAUCAGUCAGUGGCAAUCAUUGAAGCACUUCUUCUGCAUGGUGCUGAAAUAAAUAAUCAGUCGGAAUGUUACAGGAACACAUUGCUGUACCAGGCCCUGGAACUUGUCUGUAAGGACGAGACAUGUGAGAAAUUCAGACAUGACAAAUAUAGCCACACAAUGCAGUUGAUUGCUUCAACAAAAUUACAAGAUCUCAACCAUGCCAUUGUAGGAAAUGAUUCUGAAGAUAACAACAAACAGAAAACUGUGACAGCAUCACCAUAUUCUGGAAUUGUUCGUCUGUUUGUUCUGUAUGGAGCAGAUCCAAUUCAAAGCAAGGAUGUUUGGCAACUGAGUUUUGUGAUGAGAGACCGAACAGAAGUGCAGCAACUCAUCGAUGAGGUUUUUUAUUUCUGGGAGAACAAUGUAAAUGAUGGACCUCCGAAGUUAAUUCAACUAAGCAAACAAGUUAUAAGGACAGUUUUAGCGAGAUGCCAAACCCUUCACAGAAUGGAUGACCUCCCCCUUCCUCCGUCCCUCAAUGCAUUCAUCAAACUUCAGUGUCUCUGAACGAGUGCAAUCAAUCAAAUCUGAAUGCAUACAGUUAAUGCAAAUUUUCCUACAAUGUUAUUAUAUUGAUCUGAUCCACAAAAGCCAUUUGCUUGCCUGCCUAUUGACUAAAAUGUCCAAAGUUUUAAUAAAAUCUCCUUUUCGAUGAUCAUCACCAAAUAUCUUACUGCAGUUAUUUAAAGUUGUCCCUUUGCAUGUUUUAAUUUAGAUUCAUGAAUUGAUGUUUACUUUAAUGAGAAAAUUAUUUUAACGCAUUUAAAAAAAAUGUCAACAAAAAGAAAAUUUAACAAGUUGUUUCUUUUUAAUGUUGGUAUUAUUCAAAGAAACCUUUUUGUUAAAAUUAUUGUGAUGAAAAUAUUUGAUUGAAACUGAAAGACAUGUUUUUUGCCUGUUCCCACUGUAUAGUUUCAAUGUAACAAACAAAAUGAGACAUGACAGUAUUACCUGCAGCAACUUCAAAAUUUGAAGUCAAUAGGCUAGACUACAUAAAAUAUUAAUCAGAUCAAUUAUGUUUUUAAACCUUUGUCAACUUUCAUUCACUGAACCUUAUUGAAUGUUAAAUGAGCUGAAUGGAAAAGAAGAUAUUUUUUCUAUGAAAUUUGCUAAUUAUUUGCAAAUUAGCCUCUUUAUUUGAUGGAAAGUUGGUUAAUUAAUAUAUGGUAGCUAUAUGUAUAUUUUAUUUGCAGUUUUGGAUGUUGUUACUGGAUAUUUAUGUUAAGGAUGCAUGCUAUGCAUACCUAUAACUGUUUCAUGAAUCUCUUUCCAAGAAGAGUUCCACACACAUAAGAAACUUAUGAGAAUGCUAUUUGAUAGUGACUUAGUUAAUUAAUGAAAAAUACACAAGCAUAGAGUUAUUAGUUAAUUAAGCACUAAAUAAAGUGGAUUUUUUGAAGGGAAAUAACUCUGAUGUGAAAAUUGAGAGAUCUACAAAGAAAUAAGUUUUUCAGUAACUUCUAUUUGAAAAAAAAAAACAAUUGGCAAAAUUUUGUAAAAUUGCAUGAGAUAUUAAUAAGAAAAUACGGGUUUGAACAAGCAAAAAUCAGAAGUGAACCAGUCAUUAUGGAAUGCAGCCUGUUCUUCAUGAAAAUCCUGCAGUAUUACAAAAAGUGCUGAAGGGAGUUAAUUCUUACAGAAAACAAUUGUGUUUGUGUAAUAAAAUGCCUAUGAGAACAAAAAUAACCCUAAAACAUGACAAAAUCUUUAUGUGUUUCCAGCGUUUAAUGCAUUAUAUUCUUAAAAUUAUUUGAAGAUUUAGUGAUGUGAAUAACCAUAUUUUAAUUUCAUUUUAUGUUAAAAUACUCAUUAUUUUGAUGUGUCACAACUUACCUCCCCUUACCAAAAUGCUAUCUAUCGACCUAUACUUGGUAACCUACAUAUGUACUGAAUUUAUUAAAUCUAUUCAAUGCUGCCAUCAUUUAUCCUAAUAUACCUAAAAUCAAUCAAGAAACUAUACAGAAUACCCAUCUAAAAUAUAAACUACAAUUUGAUAUUCAAACAUAUACAUAUUAAACAAUGUUGAUUUUUUUAUUAAAUGUCUUUGCAUAUACAGUGUAAUUAAAAUACACCUGUAAAGCGAAGUAACCUAUUACUAUCUUUUAACCUAGAAACCCCCAAAUAUACAAUUGCCUUUCAGGAUUCCAAAGUGAUAAACAUGUUUCAUUUGCUUCCAUUUCCACUUUAAAAUUUCCUUUUAGAUAUUUACUUUUUUUAAAGAAAAGGAGAAUCCCAGUGCAUCAUAAUCAAUUUUUUUCUUCUAAAUAUUUUUUAGAUUUUGAAUUUUAUUUUUCAAUACUACAAAAUAAUAAAGUAACUAGUUAGGUAUACUGUUAGCUUGAGUUUCCUCAGGCCCUGCCACCAGACCUGGACAUUGAAACUAGACAUCUAUCUGUCAAAAUGUCUAAGGCUGGUGUCAGGGGCAGAGGAAACUCAGACUAAGGUACUGUUUUCAACAUAAAUAUAAAAUAAAAGCCCUUGGCAUUUAUCAAUUUUUCAAAAUUUGUAUGAUUGCAAUAUUGAUCCUUUACAAUUUUGCCAAAGAUCAACAAAGCAUUGUAAAAUACUUGACACAUUUUUCAAGUAAGUCAGUAAAUUCUGAAGAACGGAUAUUAAGCACUAGGACCAGAAGUAGAAUAUUAUUGUCUUUCUUUCUUUCAUGUUGUUGCAUGUAGAUAUUGUUCCUGAGCAAGAAAUAUGCAAAUUUGUGUAAAUUCAAAUGCAGCUAAAUAGUUAAGGCAUUUUAACUAAUACAUAUAUUAGUAUUCCUGAAAAUAUGUUUGAACUACACAAAUCUGAAACCUCCGCUCAUUUGUACAUAAGAUGAACAGUUACUAUACCACAAAACUGAACUAACCUAGGGAUCCCUGUACCACUGCCAAAAGCUGUAAUUAUACGCAUAGGAAACUGUUUUUUAGGCAAGACUGUAGCUUUGAUAAAUCAUUUCUGAAAAGAAAACCAUACCUUUUGGAACUAAUUAAGGUGGAAGAGAUCAAAGAUAAUCAACAAUGUUCCGAGUGUAAAAGUUUUACCAGGGGUAGAGCUAGUGCAAAUAUUAAUACCCGGACUAUAUAAAAUCUAUCUCGUCGUUAGAAGCGACAUUAUCACAGCUAGAUUAGAGCGAGAUCCGAACCCUGAACCCUGAACCACGAACUCUUAUAAUGUUGCUCUAACUGACUGAGCUACAUGUAUCUUGUCAAUGGAAGUGUCCUGGCCCCACUUAGUAACAGAUAUAUACCGAAAGAAAUUAAAGGGAGUUUAAUUUUGUAUAAACGAAAAACCAUAGUGCAGUCGGACAGGGAUCCUUAAAUUAUCAGUUAUGUUACAUUAUGUUUUUGUAUAAAUGAACAAAUGAUUUUUGAUAUGCUUUUCAUUGUUAAAGCCUGUAGCCAGUGGCUCAAAUGUUCAUGACAUUUUGAAAAAGGGAGAUAAUCUGACAUUUCUUCCUUCGAAAAGAUACUGUAUUUAGAUGAAUAUAUGUAA